UUAUGAGAACAUAUGGAUAAGAUGAUGAGUUUUGUUUUAGUGGUGGAAAUGCAUUAGAUAGAUAGAUGAAUAGUUCUUAGUCUUGGUCAUCUUUGGAUGGCAUCUUGUAUAUCAAACUCUCUAUCACUCCAAGGGAGGAAGAGAAGCCCAAAUUGCUUAUUUGGUUGGAACAUAGGCAGAAAGAGAGGUGGUAAUGAUGACAAACCUCAGAUUAAAUACCAUGAUAUUGAUCUCACUUUCUCAACUUCUCUGGUUUCCAAAACAUUUUUGAAAGGUAAGGAACUAAAAUGCUGCUAUAGGGCAACAAUUGAUGGAUUUAGUGCAACAAGUUUCCACCAAUGUUGUGACUUUAAAGGACCAUGUGUAAUAAUAGGCUACACAAACAACUCUUUCAAGUUUGGUGCAUUUAACCCUGAAGGAUAUAGAAGCACAGAUGAUUACUAUGACACAUUUGAUGCAUUUCUAUUUUAUUGGAUAGAAAAUAAAAACGAGCCCAUCAUUUUGCCUAAGGUUGGUGGAAGUGGUGCAGCUUUGUUUGAUUAUGCUCGCGGCGGGCCACAGUUCGGGGCUGACGGGCUUCUCAUCGGGCCCCCGUUAGCACCGGUUAUGGGUGGUUUUGCUGGGCCUGACACUAAUUCUGGUGUUGGUGAUUUAACACAAGCUAAGUCUAGAUUGGGAUUGUCUUAUGCUAAAAGGGAAGAUGGCAAGGAGUCUAUCUUUGGUGAUGAGUCAAGAGUAACUAUUCAAGAAGUUGAAGUGUUUUGUAGCCCUAAAAUUGCAAGCUUAUAUUAGAAUUUCAUGAAAAAUACUAUACUAUACUAAUUCUCCUACUUUGAAGCUGUUGAAAAUCGAGUAUUUGAAAAAUUGUUUUUCUUUUAUCA